AUGACCCAUCAUGCUGACAAAAAAGUCAUAGACAAAAUUCAUUGUCUGGUGGCCGAGGGUGUAAGGGACGUUGCUGAAAUGAAGAGGCACAUUUAUUCUUUUUCAAAGACAAACUUCCCUUUAGUACCCGAGACAAGCAACCGGUUUUAUCCUUCCAACAAGUGUCUUCGAAAUCAUAUGUAUUCUUCACUCAGCUUAUCUCAAUUUUCAAUGGAGGAUCAAGAAAACCUGAAGCAGAAUGUUGUAAAGUGGAGGAAUGAAGAACCUGAUGAUAAUUUUUUCUUUGUACCAAGCCCUAAAGAUGAUGAAGGGGAGGACUUUUUAUUUGUUUGCCAAACUGCAUGGCAAAGGAGACUUUUGUCAAUAGAUGGCAAUGAAAUCUGCUUGAUGGAUGCCACAUAUGGCAUAUGUAAAAGUGAGGUAGCUUUGUACUUUAUUUGUGUUUCUACAAAUAUUGGAUACAUAACAGUGGGAUGCUUUAUUUUACCCUCUGAGACAAUUAAGAACAUUACCAGAGGCCUCGAUGUAUUGAAGCAGUGGAAUCCAGACUGGACACCAACCUUUUUCAUGACUGAUUAUGAUGAAAAAGAGAUAGCAGCCAUAGAGACAUCACUUCCAGGUCUGUCCUCAGAUAUAGAAAUGUUGUUUCACGUUUUUAUGCGAUUUCACCGUGAGCAGUCCUGGGGGCGUUGGUUGACAUCAAACACGAACAGCCAACAGAAAAAGGAGUUACUUCACUUGAUGCGGGAGAUCACUAAUGCAGACAGUGAGCUAAUGUAUACAGACGCCGUUGAAUCCUUGAAGGAAUCUCAGCACUGGCAGAAGAAUCAAAGGCUGCGUAUUUGGUUCGAAAAACAGUGGUUGUCAGCUUCUAAAAGAUGGGUCCGCUACCACAGACAAUCUCUAACAAAUGUUAGAGUCACUACAACCAAUGGAUUAGAAAGGCAGCAUUACCAGUUGAAACAAAAUUAUCUUAAGAACUACACAGCAGGCACAGUGACCAGUCUGACUACAACAGUUGUGAAACAGUUUGUACCCGAUAGUUACAAAAGGUACGUUGAAUACAAUGUGAAAUGUCUGGACUCAAGUCGUAGGUACUCUGAAGAUUUGCCCAGAUUUUUACAUAAUCGUCCACGACUUUUCCUUGAUCAUUGUACUCAACGCCUUCCAUCAGCCAUCUCUAUAUGCCAAUCUCAAACAUACCUGUACUUCCACACCAAAAGUUCACUGUUUUAA